GCGGGGAAGGAAGAUUUUGGGGUCCGGGGAAGCGUCAUAGGCACAACAGCAGCAGCAAAGCGGAUCGAUUGGAGAAGUGAGUUGCACCAGGCGCGCGCGCGCUCUCUCUCACACACACAUACACACGUGUCUCCUUGUCGCUUCCGGGACUGUGCAAAGGUGCGCGUGCGAAGCCCCGCGGUUAAUCGCAGAAGCCCCCACGUGCCACGUGGCCGCCGGCUGCCCCUUUUAAGUCGCCCCGCCUCAGUUCUCCGCGUAUGUAGUAUGGGAAGCAAUAAUAACAAAUAGGUCGCAGGGUUUCUUUGCUGCAGUCCCGCCCCACCUCUUCUCUCCCAGAAGCUCAAGGUGGCGCGCACGUCCCCCACCCACCUCCUCGUUUGGCCCCCACAACAACAACAACCCCAAGAGCUCAGGUAGAAACGCCCCUUUCAACUCAGGAAGACCCCCAGGGUCUUCAGACUACUGGGGUCCUCGGCCAAUUGCAGCUCUUUUGUCACCAAGCAAAUUUCAUCAGACCUGAACCUUCCUCUCUGAGAUCUCCUUGGACUAACUAUCUCUCUGUUUCCAUCAAUAUCAAGAACUGGUAAGGCUCUUCCUUCCCCCCGGAACCAACCAGCCAAAAUCGCUAGCUUUUUAGCUCAAGAGUUGGCAUGAAGAUGAUAGAGCAAAAAUAUGCAGGCACUGAACCUAAAGGGGGGUCAGAAGGAGCAACAAAGCCUAUCAGAGCAGUUUCUUCUGAAUAUACAACCAAGCAGUCAGGCUGUGGAGCGUCUGAAGACUGCAAAGGGGGACCUGGCAAGGGGAGGCAAGAGCGAUGGGAAGCCCAGUGGCAGCAGUUCCUGAAGACCCUGCAGCCCCUUCACCCAGAAGAGGGAAGCCCCCCAGAGACGCCUGAGUCUGCCCCCUGGGAAGACGCCAAGGCCUUCCUGGCCUCCUUUGAGCAAGUGGCCAAAGCCUGCCGCUGGCCCAGAGGAGAGUGGGCAGCCCGGCUCCUGCCUGCGCUGAGCGGGGAAGCAGACGAGGCCUUCCAGAGCCUGGAAGUCCGAGACAGAGAGGAUUAUGGGAAGGUGAAGGCGGCCAUCUUGCGAGGGGCCGCCCUGAGGACGGAGGCUGAGCGCCAACACUUCCGGCAGUUCUGCUGCCAGCAGGUGGAGGACCCCCGUAGGAUCCACCUGCAGCUGCAGGAUCUCUGCCACCGGUGGCUGAAGCCGGAGAGACGCAGCAAGGAGCAGAUCCUGGAGCUGCUGGUCCUGGAGCAGUUCCUGGCCAGCCUCCCGCCAGAGCUGCAGAGCUGGAUCCGAGCAGGAGGACCGGAGUCGUGUUCGCAGGCGGUGGCCCUGGCGGAGGAGUUCCUGAUGGCCAGCCAGCAAGACUUGGCCGAGGCUGCAGAGUGGCAGGAUGUGUGCGUGGAUUCCGUGGAUGCAGAGGAGGUGCCAUCGGACGUUGCUCAAGGACGGAUCUAUAAGGACAGAGAUGGGGAGAUCAGUUUGCUAGGUGGCGACAUCAAAAGCUCAAGUAAUUCCGGUUUGUUGCUUCCUCCUGAAGGACGGGAGAUGGCUGAAGUGGUCCUGAGCGAGGUGACCUUUGGAGACCACAGCAUUGCUUCCCGGGGCCGGGGUCUCAGUGUGCAAGGAGAGGAGGGACUGCCAAAUUCCAAGGAGACCGGCGUGCCUUUGCCCAUGUUUGAAAGGACUCCAACACAGCCAGGCCAACAGACUAUGUUCUGGCAAGUUCUGCCAGAGGACAAUGGAAAUGUCCUGUCCUUUGGUGAACAAAAGAGAUGCUGGAUCAAGAGGGAAACGUCUCAGCGGGGAGAGACUUUGCCAGAGGACAUACACAGGGCAUGCACAGAAGUACCUCAGUGGGAUUUUCCUCUGACGUCUGAAACUCACGAGCAGCGUUGUGAGGGGAAAGGGCGACAGAGGAAGCCAGUGGAGAGAGAGGGAGAACGCAGCGAGUGCACAGAAGUUAUUCCAGGUGAACAAGACAGGUGCUGGAUGAAGAUGGAGAAAUCCCACUUGGGAGAGAAUUUGCCGAAAGAAAUGCACAGGGAGUUAGCGGGAGAAUUCCGUCGGGAUAUUUCGGCUGUGACACCUGGAAUUCCUGAGGAGAAAAAUAAUUCCAAAGGGCAACGGGAGAAGCAGCCGGUGAAGAGAGAAACACAAUGCCUCUCAGGAGUUAUUGCAGUCUCUGUUAGCGAAGCCUCAGCAGUGGCCACAGACAGUGGAAAGCCCUGCAGGAGAAAAUAUAAGUCAGAAAACCCUUUUGAGUGCCCCACAUCAGCGAGAGACAGCCACUCGGUAUGUUGCCUUGAGAAACUACAAGGAACACUUAGGGGGGAGAAACAAAAUGCCUUGCCUGCAUGUGGGGAAAAUUUAUGUGGGGGAGAGGAAUUUGUUGGACACCAGGACAGCCGCACAGAAGAGAGCUCCCACGAAUGCCCCAACGAUGAGAAACGCUUCAGACAUAGACAUCGGAACAAGAAUUCAGGAAGGAAACCCCACGAAUGUUCUGUGUGCGGGAAAAACUUCACCUUCAGAGCAGAGUUAGCAAGACAUCAUAGAAUCCAUACCGGAGAGAAACCAUAUGGAUGUUCUCAGUGUGGGAGAAGCUUCCGGCAGAGAACGCACUUAGUAAGGCACCAGAGGAUCCAUACUGGGGAACUGUUCCAAUGCACCGAAUGUGGGAAGGGCUUUUCCCAGAGAGAUACGUUGAAAAGACACCAGAGAACUCACAGGACGCUCCUGAGGCCUGCGUCCUCUGAGGGUGGGGAGAGUUCAAAUCGGGGCAGCAUGUUCGCUGUGCAGGCCCCUGCCAUACCUGUACCAGUGGCCAUCUUCCCAUUGGGAGUAGCCAGCAUUAGGCCUCAAAAUGGGAUUGAGCUCAAAAAGCUCUCGGAAAGCCCAUAGUAAAGAACAACCAUGUUCACUUUCAGUUAGACUCCAAGUCUCAAAUGUGUUAAUCACAAGGCACCAGUUACUCAUAUACAUUUAAUAAUAUCAACAAUUUUAUUAUUUAUACUCCGCCCAUCAAUAUACAUAAUGCAUGCUGAAACUAAAAGCUUACCCACGAAAAUGCAGUGGUGAGGAAGCAUGCAUAAGCCGAAUACUGUAGUUGUGGCUAUAAUCGCAGAAUUUGGGCUGCAAUCCUCACCCCACUUUAUCCUGGACAUAAACCCCGUUGAAUUCAGCAAGACUGACAUGGUUAGGAACACACUGUUCUAGUCCUUAUGGAAUACCCUCUCCGUGGAGGCAUUUCAUCCCGACUUCAUUUUAUUUUUCUGUGCCUACUUAAAACACACCGAUUUGGCACAUUGGCUUGUUGCACAUCAGAGAAUCCAGAGGGAAAGAAAAUGCUUAGCAGGACUGAGAACAUGUAAUAUCCCACUGCAGGAAUACCUGCAGCUGCUGUUGAAAGCAGAACAUCUAGCAGCAGGGAGGCGAUAAGAGCUCUGCCGACACUGUAGGCCCCACAGCAUGAGUCAAGGAUCUUCCCUCCGUCACCAGUUUUCUUCAGCCCACGGUCAUGGCUUCGCUUUAACCAGCUUAUGCACUUCCUUUUAUGCACUUCCUUGUGUCUCAGGUGAACAGAAACCUUAUGGCCCCUGAAAGUUUGCCAUUGAAUGCUUAAUUCUGCUUUCUUGUGGAGUGUUUCCAGAGGCAUAGCUGGGGGGCGGGCGCACUAGCCGCCACACUGUGGGGGCAGCACUUACUGCAGGACCUGCAGUGCGCCUGAGCCACGCAACUCUCCUGGGAGUGACAUGGUGCCUUGGGCACCUGCAGGCUCCGCACUGCCUGAAACGGCAGUGUGGGA